AAAAAAAAAAAAAAUCAACACAUUCUUUUUACAAAUAUACCAAAUCAAACAAUCACCAGUAGCAAAAGACUCACUUUGUUUAGCAAAGCAAAAAAAAAGUGACACCAAACAUGGGUAUCAACAAAAUUGACAAGGAUGCAAAAAUAGAAGUAGAAGCAAUCUGCAAGGCAUUCCAUCCACUGGAAAAUGAUGAUUCUGUAACAGUACUAUCCUUCAAGGUUCCUCCUCCUGCGCCACUUAAUACUGAAGACGGAGAUGGCUCUGCUGCUGCGACAGCUGUAUUGCAGAAGAAGGAAGCCUUCUUCGACAUUUGUCUCGAUAUUUCGGGAUCCAUGGCAGGGUCUGGAAUCGCAUGCGCGAAAAGGGCGAUGAAAAAUCUCAUCCGUCAUCUAAUUGAGAAUUGUAGUGUGCCAUACUCCAGAAUUACGGUCUAUCUAUUUCAAAGCGACUGCAAAGUCCGACGUUUGAAGAGUGACAAUGAUUAUGAUUGGAUCGAUAGUAUAAAAGCGGGAGGAGGAACGAUUUUUGCCAACGUGUUCAAGGAGGUGAUCAAUAAUACUGCCGCUCAUCUUGAAGAAGUUGGGUCUGACAAGGUAGAUGUGGAGAUGACCUUGUUCUUCCUGACUGACGGCGAGGACGGGGACAGAGGCGCUUUGAAUAGGAUCAAGGGCAGCUUCGAGAACCUGCUAAAGGGUACGGAAAGGCUAGAUACGACCGUUCAUACAUUUGGGUUCUCAUCUAGCCAUGAUGCUAAGCUUUUGAGUUGGUUGACGAGCAUUGGAAAGAACAGUGGAUGCUUCCAGUAUAUCCAGUCAGCGUCCGAGAUCGAGACAGCAAUGGCAAAGACAUUGCAGCUGCUGGGUGACUCUUCUAUAAUGGUCGCAAGGAGGAAAAUAGAGAUCCUCCCCAUAGAAGAUGGAGAAGUGGCCCAGAAUGGGAGGAAUUGGAUCCCAGUCAAGCUGGAGAGUGAUGGCCUAUCUGGUUCAGCUGUGGUACGUGGCAAACUAUUCACUGGAAGUCUGAUCAAGUGGAGAGAGCAGCAGCAGCAUACACAGGAGGACAACAACAGCAGUAGCAGUGUUACAAAUGCUCCAGCUUCCCCAUCUAAUCAAGCCGUUCACGAUAUGCGCGUUGAAUGGCUGCCAGAGGACAGUGUACAGCGUAUUCUAUCUAUGAUGACAUUUAUCCAGCACGAGCUCGUAAGACUAGUCGAAGUCAUCAACGCUAUUGGCAGCGGCUCCGGGUCCGCGAGUGAGAAGCGCACAAAGCUACUCGCGGUUGACGCAGAGACGGAAUCGUAUACGAAAGUACUAGGCACCAUGACCUCUGCAGCAGCAAGGAUGAAGGACAAGGCUUCACGUGAGCCUUGCAUGUUGGCUUGUCAACAGACUCGAUCACUCCUUCAGUCAUUCCUGACCGUCAAGGCAGACGCCCACAAACAAGGCGGAUCGAUUUCCAACACCAGCUUGGCGACAUUCAAUUCCCUCGCGUAUGGCCAGAUUACAGAGGCCAAGCUGAAGGCUAAACUGGACGCUAGGGCUGGAAAGAACACGGCAUUGUUUGCAGACCUUGAUGAAAAGGUGAAGUCGAUUGUGGAGGGUAUGGAUCUUGAUGCGAUGGAAACUGCAGAAUCUGAGGAUAAACUCCGUGAGCUUUCUUGUGCAUUCUCAACCAACAGCUACAUCGAGGCGCUUCGUGAUGGUGAUUGUCUUUGCAUGACUAUGGACGUAUCUCGAGGCGCUGGCACUAUCGCAGACCCAAGUCAGUUGGUGAUCAAGUCUAUCUUCCCAACUUACCUGACCUCAUCCAUGUUUACCAUGGCUCUGGGCCAUUCACUCUCGCAAAACACUCCUGAAGACGUUCAUGGGGGCUUUGAUCGCAAUAGUUUUGCUAGCAUUGCUCCUGGUGUUGCUCAUGAGAAUAUUACUGCAGUUAUGCCUCUUUACAUUAAUAAGGAGCAUUGGCAGGUAGCUAAGCUGCGUAUGAAGCCUAUCCUGGGUUAUGUGGUGACACUGGACGCGACGGGAUACACUUACAGCCAGUCGACGACCGUGCCUUUCCUUGUCUUGGCCAAAGCCAUAGAGUCUUAUCCCAUGACAGAAUUUAGACAGCACCAGAUCAAGUUAAUUCUUGAGACCUGCGAUGCCAUCUACUUCGACUCAAGGAACUUGCGUGACACUACAAGAUCGAUGGUCCAGCAGUACUGUAGCUCACAUACGCAGCGUACUGUAGACGUGGUGGUCAACAACUACGUAUUCUUAGGUCACAUCAUUUGCGCAUUGCGUGCUGGUGAUAUUACGGGGGAGGAGAUGAGGGCCAUGAUGCCUAAAUUUGAGACUGCCAUCAUAGAGGAGCAGAUCCGUAGAGACAUGUCCUGGAGAGUUUCGGAAGAUUUAAUGGGAAGUGUGAUGGACUGGUUCAAUAUCGAUAGACAAAGAGACAUUGUUAUCCCUGGACGCCGAUACCGCGAGCAGCACGAUGCUUAUGUAAGAGCAUUGGAAAAAGAGAGAGGUGAUUUUGGCAUCGAGGGGCAAUAUCGUGCUCUGUUUGAAGCCACGAGGCUGAAGCAAGGCGUCAAGGAGACUCAACCAGCUGAGUCCGAGAAAGCAGAAGCAAAGGUGGACUCAAAGUUGUCACCAUCAGUAGUAGCGUCUUCCCUAUCCAUAUCCGAUCCAGCAGUUAUGGUGAAACCAGAGUUUAGCGUUCCAGAGUUUGAUCCUGUCCAAUGGGAAAUCUCGGAAGCAUCCUUAGAUCGCUUAAGCAUGAUCCAGCAUGCUGUCUCUACAAGUGUUGACAAGAUUCGCCGGCUUCUAGAAGUAGUGAAAUCUCCAUUUGAUAACGAAUUGUCUGAAGUCCUAACCGUACGUCUGGGGUCCUUCCCACAUAAGGGUCUUUCGGAUGAGUUUUUUGCAAGGUAUUCUACCAAGGUUAACCUUGCAACGCUGCUUCAAGCCUAUGCUCACGUCAAGAACUCUGACCGCCGGUCGAUUGAAAAGUUUAUGACCCCUUUUGAGCGUGAGAAGGCUACAGGGCCAGACACUGUUGCAGACGAAGCCCUUCAGUUCCUUAAAUCAUUACAGAAUGCAAAGAUGGCUCAGAUGGUGAACGAAAUUGUAUCUGCGGUCGAAGAAGAGUAUCUCGAAUCGAAGAAGAAUGGAGCUGCAUCCAUUUUCUUGAAUACAAUGGACCUAACGGUGGCAGCAGCUGUGUUGAUCGAGUCCAAGUACAGGGGAGGCACAGGAGGUUCGUUGGUCACGCUUUGCGCAAGAUCAGACAUGACUUUGCCACGUGAAAAAAUCCAGAUGAUGCUCAGCGGAGUGUUUAUGGGUGUUCGUUUGUUUUCAGACAAGAGUGGAGCCGCAGAGGAUAUUCGCUGGUUCCCCUGCAAACAGACACUCUAUCGCAUGUUCAUGAGAUACCACGACAAGUUCACACUAAGCGAGUGGCGUCAGUUCCACCCUAAUAAUUAUGAUGACUAUUUUGCAUACCGAUAUGUCAUUGAUGGACAUCUCUCAGAGCUUCCAGAGGAGGGUCAGUCUGAAGUCAAGGCGAUCUACGAGGGUCGUUUCAGUUGAUAGUCUCCACCCUCUUAGUUCUUUAGCGUCGG